AUGAAUGAUUCCACUGUAAAACCAACACAGAGCCACGAUGAGGAUAUCUCACGAACAAGCACGGAAAAAUCUUCACAAGAGCAUGUCCCACUAUGGCACUCAGUUAAGCGAUGGCCAAAAGUGGUGAUGUACAACCUGGCGCUCAGCUCAGCGAUUCUUCUUUACGGAUAUGACUUGGUCAUCGUAGGAACAGUCUCUGCGAUGCCUGCUUUCCAACAUGAAUUUGGUGAAGAAUUCGGCGCCAAAUAUAUCAUUCCAUCCAUGUGGCUCUCUUUAUGGAAUGCCGCCAGUCCGAUAGGUAUGAUGGUUGGAUCGCUAUUCGGUGGUUAUUUCCAGGAUCGAGGCGGUCGUCGUCUAGCUCUUGCGAUCGGCAGUUUCCUGUCGGCUAUCGCUGUCGCAAUCUGUUACGUUGCUGACCUGCCGGAUGAUAUUGAAUCUCGCCGUGGAGUUUUUCUUGCGGGGAAAUUAUUCCAAGGAAUGUGUAUUGGAAUCCUGCUUUGUGUCGUACAGACAUACAUGUCCGAAGUACUUCCGGUUGUGCUUCGAGGUCCGAUUAUCGCCUUUCUACCCAUCUUCACUCUGCUGGGUCAACUUCUCGGUGCUAUCGUUGUUUACAUUUCGCUGGGAUAUAAUGGCUCGAAGAGCUACCGGAUUUGCUUCGCAUCGCAAUGGCCCUUCUCUGCUGUGCCGUUAGUUCUCUCUGCGCUGUUACCGGAGAGUCCAACUUGGCUUUUGCGAAGGGAUAGACCUGAGAAAGCACUGAAGGCGCAAAUGAAACUGGAUACAUCACACGUGAAUACAAGCGAGAUUAUUGAAGAGCUGCAAGCUUCUAUUCUGGCGGAGGCAGAGGAACAAGCAUCUUACAGAUACAGCGACUGUUUCAGAGGGAUUCAUCUUCGGAGAACCUGGACUGUGUGUUUUGCAAGCGCACUCCCGCAAUUCUUUGGUCUACAGUUGCUGGCAAAUGCAUCUUAUUUCAUGCAGAUUGUUGGGAUGGGAUCGACGAACAGUCUGAUAUUUUUGAUUCUUGGUAUUGGGCUUGGUCUGAUUGCGAAUGUUGUCAGUCUGUGGGUGCUGAAUGGUUUUGGCCGACGCUUGCUUUGUAUUGCUACAUUAACAGCUGCCAUGGUUUUGUGGCUGGCGAUGGGCAUUGCUGGUUGCUUUGAGGGAAUAGUUACAAUAUGGUAUACGGCCGUGACAAUGAUGAUCGUCACAAUGGUCUGCGGCUUAGGUAUCUGGCCAGCAUCACACGUUGUUGCAGCCGAAACCUCAUCACUACAGCUCCGGGCCAAGACUCAGGGUAUUGGCUGGUUCACUAGUGGCGUUGCAACAGGAGCAUUUUCUAUCUGCCUGCCGUAUAUCUAUAACGCCGAUAAAGGAGAUCUGAAAGCGAAGACUGGAUUUGUGAUGGCGGGAUUCUCGGCCGUCGCGAUUGUCGCUGCUUGGUUCUUUAUUCCAGAGAUGAAGGGUAGAUCGCCUAUGGAAAUUGACCGGAUGUUUGCGCUUCAACUACCGACGAGAUCAUUCAAGAACUGGAGAAGUGAUAUUUCCCAUGAGGAAUCUGGGGAACUACGCCGGGAAUGCAGCGCGUGA